AUGGGGUCAUCUGUGUCCAAGGCUGCCCUCGAAGCGACCACGGAUGAGCUCGUGGAACCAGACUCGAAACACCUAGAUGAUCUCACUCACUACAUUAAUGCAUCAAAUAUGGGUGUCAAACGCCUGGCAGAUGUUCUUUCUCAGAAGGCGAAGAGCAGCAGCUGGGUGGUGGUGUUCAAAGCUCUGGUUACUGUUCAUCAUCUUAUGGUGCAUGGAAAUGAGCGUUUUAUCCGUCAUCUUGCAUCUCGAAGCUCUUUGUUCACUUUACACAGCUUCCUGGACAACAGUGUCGUAGAAGGCUAUGCUAUGUCCACCUUCAUCAGACGAUACAGCAGGUUUUUGAAUGAAAAGUCACUCGCAUAUAGACUGAUCGGAUAUGAUGUCACCAAAACCAAGAGAGGGCUGGAUGGCUUCAUGAGAAAUAUGAAUACCAAAGACCUGCUAAACACACUUCCAGUUAUUCAAACUCAGUUUGAUGCUCUUCUUAGUUUUAAUGCAAAUGCAAAUGACCUAACUAAUCGUAUAAUACAUGCUGCUUUCAUGCUCCUCUUUAAGGAUUCUCUUCGCCUCUUUGCAGCCUAUAAUGAGGGAAUUCUCAAUGUGCUAGACAAGUUUUUUCACAUGACGAAGCGCCAGUGCAACGAAAGUCUGGACAUGUACAUCAAGUUCCUUGCAGGAACAACCAAAUUUGAACAGUUCCUGAAGGUUGCAGAGCAAGUUGGAAUCGACCAGAACAACAUUCCAUAUCUUGCUCAGGCACCCAACAGUUUACUUGAAGCACUAAAACAGCACUUAGCUUCAUUGGAAGAGAAAAAUGAAGUUUUUCCUCCUUACAGUCUCCAGCACUCAUUGAUUCACUCCAUCUCAAAGAAUUCAAUUAUGAAAGUUUCAUCAAGGCAAAAUUGGUUUUCAGGUCACAAACCUAUGAAAGCCAGACAACGUCAUGGAGCAAGCACAGAAAACAAUCUGGAUGACUCAUUUGCUAGCCUUGUAGAAAAUUUUAAACUUGAAGAAAUCCCAGUCAACAAAUCUGACAUGAAUUGCCAUCAAUCUUCAGAGGUGGAGUUUACUGAGCGACUAAACUGGCAGUUGAAUAUGGAUGACUACAACUACGCAUCAGACUUCUGGAAUCCUGUUUCUGUUUCUCCCAUUCUCCGCAUGGUACCAAUUCCAGUAUCCUGUCCGGUGAAUUCAGAGCAAGAGCCUGUGUAUGGAGUGAUUCCAGCUUCAGUGGGAGCUCCUUUCCCAAUAUCACUUCCAUCCAUGGAUUAUACCCGGCAAGACUUAGAGACCAACAAACCUCCCACUCUACUCACAGAACAUUAGUAGGUACAAUUCAUGUAG